AGACCGUUAAGCAGAAGGAGUGCAGGAAUAGAAAAUACAGAUAGUGUGCUAAACUUCUUCAUUGACAUAUUGAUUGGUCUCUGAGUGCUCAUAUAACCUCAGCGGGAGAACACAAAGGAAUGCUAACAGGAAGUAGAGCAAACUGCUGGAAUCUGGAGCUUCUCAGGGGUGAGUGGAAAAAGUCGUCUCAGCCACAACAGAGACUGAAACAUGGGCAGUGAGUACAGAUCACUGUCUCCAGCUGAGUCAUGCAGAAGUUUACUCAUCGAGACGUCAGAGUGCUUCAUAUGCAGGGAUGUUGAACUUAAAGCCAGUGACCCACUGAGGAAUUUCUGUGACUGCAAGAAUUUACUUGCCCAUCACGUGUGUCUGUCCACUUGGAUCCAGAGGGGUUGUGGGAGUGAAGACAGGCUGCGAUGCAUCAUCUGCAAAGCCAAGUACCAGCUCCAGAGGAUCUCUCCGUGGCGGUUGGUGAGCUUCCAGUGGCAGACGUGGCUCGUGCUCAUCACUGCGUUGCUUCUGCUGUGCCUGGUCCCUUAUGUUGUUUACCGCAUGAUGACUGCCUUCACCAACCCUCCUCCUCCCAUUACCUUUAAAGUGGCAGCAGCCUCUUUUGGUCUGCUGACAGAGAUCCUGCUGAUCAAGUGUCUGUCCAGCUACCUCAGCAGUCGCUACCAGCAGGCCGAGCAGGUCUCCUUCACAGUCCGGCCAAGAGGCUCUGAGGAGGACAGAUCAGGUCCGGGCCGCUGGGAUCGCUCUGAAGCCGCUUCAGCAACCGCAUGUCAUGCUUCAUCUGAGGCCUCGUACAGUGAAGUGGACGAAAGAAAAGUGGAUGUGUUGAAGAGCGGGUGUCUAAGCUCUUUCUGAACCACUAACAGAAGGAGUCUCCAGAACACAGGGUGAGGGUAAAUCCGUUGGGUAUUAUAGGUUUGUAACAGCUGUUCAGGAUAUCACAUCAGUUUAUCAGCGUGGCAUUUAAGAGAUCUUGCACUUUAAAACCCAUUUUCUAGGUGUCAAAUUUUCAUAUUUUCCUCUUUAUCAAACACUCUCACUUAACUCAGCAAAUAUAUUCUCACAUAUUGCAAAUUGAUAGUAAGGCUGCUAAUGCACGCAGCCUUCAUGAGUGUGUUCAGGCUCGGAGAGGGGGAAAAAAGCCUGAAAUCACUCUCUGUUCUUAAUGAUGUCCACACAGAGACAAUGGGGCGCCGCUCUGAUUAGUGUCACCUGUCCUUGUGCAUCUCAUCAGCUCCAUUAUGGCUCCGGCUCCCAUGCUUCUUCUGCUAAUUGAAUAGCCUGUGAAGUGGUGACGAGCACGGGGGCGAGAGCAGCGUCUGUCCCGCUGCUGCUUCACAAAUGAGAGUAAAGCUUCCCAGUGAGACGCUGCUGUGGUUCUUACAGCAUAAACCAUUAUCAUACUGAUAAAAAAGGUGCUAACAAGUAGCCCUCGUAUUAUAUUACCGUCAUAACAUCAGCAGAUUAUGUUCAUACAUAACAGCUCUGAAUUAGCAUCUACUGUUUUGAGGUGGAUGAGCUACAAAAACAUGUCUUUACUGUCAGACAGAGCGGUCUUCAUAGACGCAGCCAUCAAACUCUUAUACUUUGCACUUGUAUAUCAAGGAAACUUUAGUCUGGGAGGAAAUAUAGUCUGAGAUAAAGUUUGUCUGACACUAAAUUAUUUUUCUUUCAAGAAGUUGGAUGAGAAAAAUCGGUUAGACUCACUAGUCACACUGUGAGGGUUCAGUCAGCAGUUAGUUAGCCUAGCUUAGCAUAAACAUGCAGAGAACGCCAGUCAACUGCAACAGAUAAAAAAUAUUAUAUAGUAUAUUAUUUAUUAUUUCAACUAGAGUUUCAAUACAAUACUCAAACCAAAUACUCACCUUUAGGGCGAUCAAAUCCACACAGGACAGGAGAAAUAGCACCACAUGUGGGGGAUUGAAAGUGUGGAAGACCCCUGUAGAUUUGAGUUGGAGACCCCAUUCUUUGCCUGAAGCAUACUCUAUAAUUGAGCUGAGCCUCAAACCCAUAAUUUCAA